CCGAAGCCUUGGCACAGUAAAGGCAGCUAAGCUAACAGCACACCUGUGGAGUGCUGCUUACUUCGUCUACGAUUACAACGGUGUUAAGCCGACCAAGGUCCUCCACGUCGUCCCAUUUUGUCCGUUGUGCGGACAUGUGUGACCUGAAGUGGAGAAAUUAAAGAUGGCUGUCUGAGGGCCAGGAGUGAUUCUUGGCAGUGCAAGGAGUCGAAGCUCUUGGUCAGUGAGAGAUCAAUGAUGAGUGUCCAGUGGAAGGAUGAGGAAGACAGAGAGGAGUCGACGGGAUCAACCUGCCUGUCUUUGAGAAGUGACCAGUCCAAAGAGAAUCCUUUUACCUUCCGUAAUGAGCCUGAACCACUCAACGAAAAAUCAAUGAUAAGAAUCCAGUGGAAGGAUGAGGAAGACAGAGAGGAGUCGACGGGAUCAACCUGCCUGUCUUUGAGAAGUGACCAGUCCAAAGAGAAUCCUUUUACCUUCCGUAAUGAGCCUGAACCACUCAACGAAAAAUCAAUGAUAAGUAGCCAGUGGAAGGAUGAGGAAGACAGAGAGGAGUCGACGGGAUCAACCUGCCUGUCUUUGAGAAGUGACCAGUCCAAAGAGAAUCCUUUUACCUUCCGUAAUGAGCCUGAACCCAUCAACAAAAAAAGUAAGAAAAGGACUUAUGGCGACAGUGCUGGGUGCCAAGACAUACUGAGGGAUGCAGCAUCUACCAGCUGUGGACACAGCUACUGUGGACAAUGUGUUGCCUCCCUUGAGGAACUUUGUAAAUCAGCAGGAGACUUUUUAUGUAGCCAGUGUGGCAAAAGAUCCAGACAAAGUCCAGAGCUGCAGACUCCUGAUCAAAGAAGCAUUAAACAGAUGACUGGCAGCCUGCAGGACACUUUAGACAAACAUAAAAUCAGCCUCAGAAAAAGAUGUGAAUUUGCGAUUGAAGGAACAGCGGAAGAGGAGCCUCGAGCCUGCCUAAAGAAGAUCUACACAGAGCUUUUCAUCACUGAGGGACAGUGCGAACGAAUCAAUAUCCAACAUGAGGUGUGGCAUCUUGAUGCAAUAUCCAAAAGGGAAAUUCAGCUUGAGACUCCAAUUAAGUGCCAUGAGAUAUUUAAGGUAUUUCAUGGUCAAAAGAGAUCCAUCCGAGUAGUUCUGACAAAUGGCAUUGCGGGCAUUGGGAAAACCUUCUCUGUGCAGAAGUUCACCCUGGACUGGGCAGAGGGUUUGGAGAAUCAAGACAUUGACCUUGUCAUCCUGCUUUCGUUCCGUGAGCUGAACUUGAUCAAAGAGAAGCCGUACAGUCUUCUCAGGCUGCUUCGUGAUUUUGAUCCAACACUACACAUGGUCACGGCUGAAGGCCUAGCUCUGUGCAAGGUUUUACUUAUCUUUGAUGGGCUGGAUGAAAGCAGACUUUUGCUCGAUUUCCAGAAUAUUGAUGUUCUGUCCGAUGUGACACAGAUGUCAUCGGUCAACAUGCUGCUGAUAAACCUCAUCAAGGGGAACUUACUUCCUUCUGCCCUCAUUUGGAUUACUACCAGACCUGCAGCCGCCAAUCAGAUCCCACCUGCAUAUGUUGAUAGAUUAACCGAGGUACGAGGCUUCACUGAAUGUCAGAUGGAGGAGUACUUUAGGAGGAGACUUAAUCAUAAGUCAGCCAGAAUCCUCUCACACGUCAAGGCUUCCAGGAGCCUCCACAUUAUGUGCCACAUCCCAGUUUUCUGUUGGAUCACUGCUACAGUGCUGGAGCAAAUAUUAAGUGCAGACAAAAAGGAGCUUCCCAAAACUCUGACGGAGAUGUACUCACACUUUCUGAUGGUGCAGUACAAGAGGAAGACAGAGAAGUAUGGAAAGAAGCAUGGGAUGAUCCAACAGGAGGUGAUGGAAACGGACAAGGACUUCCUUCUCAAACUGGGAAAACUUGCUUUUGAACAUCUGGAAAAAGGGAACAUCAUGUUCUACCAAGAAGACUUGGAGAGAUGUGGUCUUGAUGUCAAAGAGGCCUUAGUCCUAUCAGGACUGUGCACAGAGAUCUUCAAAAGAGAGCAUGUCCUGUUUGAGAAAACUGUUUAUUGUUUUGUGCAUUUAAGUAUUCAAGAGUUUCUUGCUGCUGUCUAUACGAUCCAUUGUUACCUCAACAACAACACAAAAGUACUGGCAACAUUUUUGGGAGAUGAAUGGGAUGCUCAAAGCAGUGACACAAGCCUAGAGAGCUUCCUCAGCAGAGUUGUGGACAAAUCACUGAAAAGUGACAAUGGCCACCUGGACCUCUUUGUUCGCUUCCUUCAUGGACUUCUACUGGAGUCCAACCAUCACCUCUUAGGAAAUCUGCUGGGAUGGCCUGCAAGCAAUCCAGAAAGCAUUCAGAGAGCAAUAAGUGACCUGAAGAAGACAAAUGCUUAUGACAUCUCUCCUGACAGAAGCAUCAACAUCUUCCACUGUUUGAUGGAGAUGAAUGACCAAUCUGUGCACCAGGAGAUCCAAGAAUACUUGCAGUCAGACAACAGAUCACAGAAGAAACUCACCAAGACUCAUUGCUCCGCUCUCGCCUACAUGCUGCAGAUGUCAGAGGAGGUUCUGGACGUGUUGGACCUGAAGAAGUACAAUUCGUCAGGGGAUGGAAGACGGAGAUUGCUCCCAGCUGUCAGAAACUGCAGAGAAGCUCGUCUCGCUGGUUGUGGACUUUCUGAGUGGCAUUGUGAAGUUCUGGCCUCUGCUCUGACAUCCAGUCCCUCCCAUUUGCAAAACCUGGACCUGAGUGAAAAUGACUAUUUGCUGGAUUCAGGGGUGAAGCUGCUAUCUGUGGGACUAGCAAGUCCAAACUGCAAACUAGAGAUACUGAGACUGAAGAACUGCAGUUUGUCGGAAAGCUGUUGCGAUUCUCUGGCAUCGGCUCUGAAAUCCGUCUCCUCUCAUCUGAGAGAACUGGACCUGAGUAACAACAACUACAUCAAGGAUUCAGGGGUGAAGCUUCUGUGUGAUGGGCUAGAGAGUCCACACUGUAGACUGGAGACGCUGAGAUUAAGUUGCUGCAGGCUGUCAGAGAGCAGCUGUGCACAUCUGGCCUCAGCUAUGAAGUCCAACCCGUCCCCCAUAAGAGACUUAGACCUGAGUAAGAACAAAGUGAAGGAUGCGGGGAUAAAUGUGCUGUCUGCUGCACUGAGGAGGUCACAAUGUAAAGUGAAGACACUGAGACUGGACAGAUGUGGGCUGACGGAGAGCUGCUGUACUUCUUUGGCCUCGGCCCUCAAGUCCGACUCGUCCAGCCUGAGAGAACUUGAACUGAGUUGUAAUGAUCUGCAGGACGCAGGAGUGAAGCUCCUGUGUGAAGGACUGGAGAGUCCUCAUUGUAGACUGGAAGCUCUGAGGCUGAGGUCCUGCUGGCUGUCAGAGAGUUGCUGUGCAGCUCUGGCUUCAGCUUUAAGGUCAAAUCCGUCCAGCCUGAGAGAACUUGACCUAAGUGAAAAUGAUCUACAGGAUUCAGGAGUGAAGCUGUUGUGUGAUGGUUUAGAGGCUCCAGGCUGUAGAUUAGACACUUUGAGGUUGAUGAGCUGCUGUGUCACAGAUGAAGGUUUCGCUUUUCUGGCAUCAGCUCUCGAGUCCAACCCAGCCUGUCUGAAAGAGCUGGACCUGAGGAAAAACAACCCGCAGGAACCAGGCGUCAAGCUGCUGUCCGAACUCCAAAAGAGUCCACACUGUAGACUGGAGACUCUCAGAAUGGAGUAAACCUGGAGGACGUCAAACGACUACAAUUAGUCCCAUCACCGACCACAAACGCCACAUGGCUGCAGUCCUACCCUGUGUUUUAACCACAGUUAGUGAUCCACCAUGAAUGCACCAGGAAACACUUCCUGUUUCUUCAGUCUGUUUUUGAAUUAGUAUCAAUUCCGUGUUUCAAAUACACAAUUAAUGACAACAGUGAGUUUUUUUUUUCUCAAGAAUUUAAAAUGUCUGUAAAUGGUUUAUUAAUUUAUUUAACUGUUUCAUACUGAGCUUUUAUUUAAAAAGUGUUGACAUGUUGUGUGUACAGACAGAUUAUCAAACAUACUUGUUCUGGUGGUGGAUUGCUUUGACAGAUGAGAGGUUCUCUUUCAGUGAAGAGCCUCUGGCAGCCAGAGUACUGUUGUUUAAUCAUCCCCUGAAAGAAAGGAAAACCUGUUAGCCUUUAGUUUUUUUUUUUUUGUUUUUUUUUUACAGAUUAGUAAAACAUAUUGUAACCAAGCUUUGGAGAUAGUAAGAUACACAUUGUAAAGUUAGUGUUAAUAAAGAAUAUUUAUUCUUUUUAUAAUAAAUUGU